AUGCCUGGUCGUCGUGUUCCAGGACAUCUUGCUUGUUAUCCUCCUGGUCAUACUUCUCAUCCUCGUCCUGGUCCCCAUGCUGGACAUACGCCUUAUCCCCCUCCUGCUCCUCAAGACACAUGGGAUCCAUGCGAAAGGCCUGCUCCUUCUGCUUUUGUCAAAUUCGCCCACAGAGAGGGCCUCCUCAGCGAUCCCUCUUUCGUGGACACGCCAGAGCCGGCACGGAGAGCUCCGUCUCCAGUCAUGGAACCACCUGUCCAAGGCACCACCGACGUAGAGGGCAUCAUUGAGUAUCCCGACGAUGAAGAACACUUGUCGGACGUCGAUGAUGAAGACGUGGCAAUGCCCGAGGUCAUCGACCUGACGCCAGACAAUUAG